AAUUAAUGAUUUGGCCUAAUCGUGAUUCGUGAACAAUCAUUUUAACCGGACUGAACCAGCUCGUUCGGUUCAGUUUCAGAUGUUAAAUUCAAUGUUAACCAUUCUCGCGGACCUUUUAGCCGACUCGACCCGACCCGACCGGGCUCUGUGGAUUUCUCCGUGGAUUAGAGAUCAGUGACGAAGAAGAACAUACAUUUCAACCAUCCCUGAAUCAGAUCUGAUCUGUUUUGAGAAGUGAGAAUGGAUGCGUUUAGAAGACAAGCGAGUAAGCUCAGGGAUCAAGUCGCUAAGCAACAACUGGCUGUGAUCAAGCAGUUCAGUGGGACUGGCUAUGAAAGCUCUGACGUAAUGGUGAUUGAUGAGCUUGAAAUGCAAAGGCAUCAUCACCUCGAGAAGCUUUACCGUUCUACUCGUUCCGCUAAGGAGUUCCAGAGAGAGCUUAUUAAAGCAGCUGAGACUUUUACUACCAUUGGGCUCAGAUACAUUGAAGCAGGAACCAAGUUAGCUGAAGACUGUAGUAAAUAUGGAACUGAAAACAGUCAGAACAUCGAUGAGAAUAUUCUAGCCAAGGCUGCAGCUAUAUACGGUGAUGCUCGGAAACAUGUUGAGAAAGAACAAGAAGACUUUAACAAGCUUCUGUCUUCUCAGGUUUUGGAUCCUCUUAGAGCUAUGGUUGCCGGUUCUCCUCUUGAAGACGCUCGUCAUUUAGCUCAACGUUACAGCCGCAUGAGACAAGAAGCAGAGACUCAUGCAGCGGAAGUAUCUAGAAGGCAGGUGCGUGUAAAAGAAGCUCCCAUUCCAGAAAACGUGGCAAAGCUUCAACUAGCGGAAGCCAAGAUGCAAGAGCUUAAAGCUAACAUGGCGGUACUAGGCAAAGAAGCAACUGCUGCAUUGGCUGCUGUUGAGUCACAGCAACAUAGACUUACUUUCCAGAGGCUUGUCGCUAUGGUCGAAGGGGAAAAGAAUUAUCAUCUACGAAUAGCCGCCGUCCUCAGUGACAUUGAAGCCGAGAUGGUAACGGAGAAACAACACAAAGAAUCUGCUCCUCCUGCGAUUCCAACAGAGAACAGCUCAGAGAAAACAUCAUACUUCCUAGCUGAAGUGGUUCAUCCGUUUUCCGCUGCAUCAGAGAAAGAAUUAGACUUGUACAAAGGAGACUACGUCGUUGUCAGAAAGGUGAGCGAAAGUGGCUGGGCUGAAGGAGAAUGCAAAGGCAAAGCUGGUUGGUUCCCUAUGGCUUACAUUGAAAAGCGACAGAGACUUCCCACUAGCAACUUCGCUGCCGAAGUUUACUGAGUCUCUUUCAUUUGUCUCUAAAUACAGUAUACUGUUUUGUGUUCAUUUCACUACUCUAUGAUCGAUCAAACAUAUCAUCUACCUCUGUGUGGAGCUUAUUGAAGAUUCUUUUAUUGCAGUCUAGCCCGUAAGUAUCAUAUAUUUCCAAAUUUUA